AUGUUUUCUUAUGUACUUGCAGAGCUACAUCAAGUUGAGCCAGGAAGUGCUCGAACAACAGCAGAAAGCGAAGAUGGUGUUGAGAAGGAAGAUGAAACUUUUGACGAACAUCGACCUUCAUUUUUGCGGAUUUCGCCAAAAAAAGCCACCUCCGAAGUACAGGAUUUGAAAAGCGGAACGGCAAAUGCUUGUUCGUUCGCUCCUGAGGCUCGGGCCUAUUCUGAUAAUCUUCCUGCUCCAAGAAACUCUCAACCUCAUAGUGAAUCAAGUGCCCGAUCCAAACUAUACCUUGUCUGA